UCUCUUGUGAUGGCCGUGUAGAAUGGGAGACGUUCUAUACCUAUAUGUUGCAGCAUUACAAGCAGAGCAGACACUCACUGCAGACUGGACUAAAUUUUUCUAUCUCAGAACCAUUGAUAUGCCACUGUGUCUAUAACAAGCAAGAGCCAAUCAUUCGUUUCCUGGCUUUGAGCCAGUCACCACCCAUGCGUUACAUCAGCAUCAGCAAAGGAGGAACUCUCUGUGUUUGGAACAGUCGUUUUAACAUCCUAAAGCAACUGGAGGUGUGUUCUGACCUAUUUGAUGAGAGCGAUAAGAAAGAAAAUUGCAAGAAGUUCCGAGGAUGGACCACAGAUGCUGUCUACAUGGGAAACGUCCACAAGAUCGCUGUGGCAACCAUGAAUAGGGACAUCCACUUUUUUGAUGUUAUCACCACAUCCUGUUUUAAGCAGGUUUAUUUGUUUGGACUAAGUUAUGCUGCAACUGCACUGUGUUAUUGGUAUAACACAAAGGCUCCAGGAGAGAAGUGUGUGCUGAUGUGGGGAGAUGAGAAAGGCUCUGUGAAUUUGCUGUGGAUUCUUCAGCCUUUAAAUGGGCUCCUUGAUAUACCAUUCACCAACCAAUCUGGCCCCGUUCAAAUCUAUAUGCCAGACAUAAAUGCUCACAGUGCAUGGAUCUCCUAUCAGCACAUCCCAAAAAUCCACAGCAGCCCAAUUAACAGAAUCCAGUAUGAGCCCCGUGGUGAGCUCAUUAUUACAUCAUCAGAAAGCGCAGCCAGCUCUGUUGUCAUCAUUGAUAUCAAUCAGAAGAGACAGAAAUACAUUUGGAGAAUCGAAAAGGGAGUCAAGUGUUUUGACUUUAGCUUUUCUCUCAGUAUGCUGGUAACUGCUGGUGUGGAUCCUGUUGUCAGACUGUGGAACCGCUAUGUGACCUCUCAUCCAAUUGCAGUUCUGCACAGUCACCAGACCUCUGUGGUGGAUGUGGUCAUUCACCAAGAACUGGGCAAGAUCUUCAGCUAUGCUAAAGACGCUGUGCUGAAAAUAUGGGAUAUCCCUUCUCAACAAUGUGUAAAGACUGUUCGAUUGAAAUUCCCCAAUUUCCAGCCAGGCUUUACACCAGAACAGGGCAGCUUUCCUCUGCUUCUCAACCUGACUGUAGAUCAUGCACUCUUGGUGACCUGUAGGGAGUAUCUGGCCAUGCUACGACUGCACAAAGCAGUGCCCAGAAACAGGCCUGGGUUGUACACCUGUGCCCUUUAUAAUCCUCAUCUUGAACAGGUAAUCGUGGCCUCUGCUGACUCUUCAUUGGCCAUGUGGGAUGUGAAGACAGGCAUUAAGAAGAUGGAGAUAAGGAAUGCUCAUGGCAAAGAGGAGAUUUCAUGUAUGGUUCUGGAUAAUAGCCAGCGCAAGCUAAUCUCUGCAGCCACCAAUGGCACUAUCAAGGUGUGGAACUUACUGAAUGGCCACAAUCUUCACAAGCUAGAGGCCGUUUCCAACACAGAGGUCACCGGGAUCAUCUGUCACCAUGACAACCAACUUAUAGCCACAGGCUGGAGUCGACUGAUCGCUCAGUACAGCAUUGCAUUUUCAAACGACAUCUUUGUCAAAGCAGACCUGUCCUGGAAGUCUGGUCGUCAGCACAGUGAUGAUAUCCUGGCAAUGGAUCAGUGUCCUGGUCUGGGGCUGCUGGCUACUGGCAGUUACGAUGGAGAGAUAAUUAUAUGGACCCUGGCUCUUCAGAAACCCAUCACACGACUACAGAGAUCCCAGCAGGGGAAAGUAUCUCCACCUGUUCGUAGGCUGCUGUUUCUGCAAAGACGAGCCCAGCAAAGUCAUUUGAGAAGCAGCGCAGUGCUGCUCAGCUCACAGGCUGGAUCUGUCUGCUGGUGGAGCAUCUGUGGACCCCAACACAACCAUGGACAGUUCUAUGCACCUGAUAAAUCUGAUGAGAGUGUAAUGGGUUUAAGCACAGACCAGGAAAAUAAUCUACUCAUAACUGGAGACACCACAGGAUCCAUCAAGGUCUGGGACAUCUCUCUGUAUGCCUUAUCAAAUCGAAAUGAGUCUGCAAAAGGAUUUCCCCCACUGUUACACUUUUGGAGGGCACAUGAGAGGGCGAUAGUGAGCAGUGAGUUUCUUGUGUAUGGCUCGCAACUCUUCUUACUGAGUGUGUCAGAGGACCACAAGGCCUGUCUCUGGACCACUGAUGGAGGUAGUGUGGGGUGGUUUGGACAGCAACAGCAGUGGGAAUUGAGCAACCCAGACACUUAUCAGAUCCACAGACAAUGUGCCACUUUAAUCAAAGAAGGAGAGGAGGAGAGGACAGAGAGCAGCCAAUCAUGUUCAGGCCCUGAGAGUUUUAUCUGCUGGGGUGAAGGCUCAGGGGAGGUCACUGGGACAAGCAUUAUUGAUGUUGAUUGUCAGCAAACAGAAUUAGCUCUAGACCAACAGAUGAGUCAUUUGACUCUACAAACUCCACACCAGGAGAGCACAUCUGGACACCAUAGCUCCUUUGAAAAGUUCCAACUGCCCAAAUACAGUAAGUUUGGACAAGGACAUGAAGCCACUGUACAAAGCAGACGACGAGGUAUUGACCGCAAGAAGCUCUUUUGCUUUGGGGAGGUCACACCAUUUCGGGCCCUUGAGUUGCCGGAGAUCAGUGAGCCUGUGGAUUUACCUUUGGAGCCCUGGAUACUGAAAAAAUUUCAGCUCUCCUCCAGACAAACAGAAUUAAGCUCUCACAUAUUGUCAUCUGAAGGUCCUGUGCAUUUUGAUACACUGGAGUAG